CUGGAAAAUAAAACAAAAAAUUUAGCAUGUGCUUCAUAUUGGAUUCUUCAAGCCAUCUUUACCCAUUUGUAUAUAUUUACUCCACAAAUAUUUAAUAAACAUUAUCAGAAGAUUAAGGAAGGAUGCUUGGAACAGUUAGCGACGAGAUAGAGGUGAAUGCACCAGCAAGCGCAUUGUGGGAAGUGUAUGGAACCCUUGAGAUAGCUGCUGUUGUCGAAAAGGGACUCGCCGCUCUUGUUCAAAAAAUUGAGGUUCUUGAAGGUGAUGGUUCUGCCGGUACCCUUCUUAAUAUUGUUUUUCAGCCAGGUGGAUUUGCUUUUCCUUCUUACAAGGAGAAGUAUACAAAGGUUGACAAUGAGAAGAGGGUGAAAGAAGCCGAGGUUGUGGAAGGUGGUUAUCUUGAAAUCGGAUUCAACAAGUAUCUAGUUCGGUUUGAGGUUAUAGAAAAAGAUGAAGAGAACUCCAUCACCAGAGCCACAAUCGAGUAUGAUAUCAAAGAAGAAUUGGUUGAUAAUGCUUCCUUUGUUUCAAUUGACCCACUCGUGGGGAUCAUGAACCUUGUUGCUAAUCAUGUUCUUGUAAAAAGUAAUUAAUUAGUGUUUUCCUUCCUGUAUUGAAUGUUGAAGUUCAUAUGAAGCUGUAAUUUUGCCGCACUAGACUGCAACUUGCUAGUUGUUGUACCAAACUUGUUUGUAGAUAAUACAAGACGGCCAUUAAUGCA